GAAGGUUGUCGUACUGUCCCGCUUUCCGGACACGUAGGAUUUGACAGUUUGCCUGACCAGCUGGUUAAUAAGUCAGUUAAUCAUGGGUUUUGUUUCAACAUCCUGUGUGUGGGGGAAACUGGCCUUGGUAAAUCCACCCUUAUGGACACACUUUUCAACACCAAAUUUGAAGGUGACCCAGCAUCUCACUCACAGCCUGGGGUCCAGCUGAAAUCCAACACCUACGACCUGCAGGAGAGCAACGUCAACCUCAAACUGACUAUUGUGAGCACCGUGGGCUUUGGGGAUCAGAUCAACAAAGAGGACAGCUAUAAGCCCAUCGUUGAGUUCAUUGAUGCUCAGUUUGAAGCCUACUUGCAGGAAGAACUGAAGAUAAAGAGAGUCUUGCACAACUACCAUGACACCCGGAUCCACGCUUGUUUGUAUUUCAUUGCUCCGACAGGCCACUCGCUGAAAUCCCUGGACUUGGUAACAAUGAAGAAGCUUGACAGCAAGGUGAACAUCAUUCCCAUCAUUGCCAAAUCCGAUGCCAUUUCCAAGAGUGAACUGACCAAAUUUAAAAUCAAAAUCACAAGCGAACUGGUCAGUAACGGGGUUCAGAUCUACCAGUUCCCAACAGACGAUGAAUCAGUGGCAGAGAUAAAUGGGACAAUGAAUGCCCACUUGCCGUUUGCAGUUAUCGGGAGCACGGAAGAGCUGAAAAUUGGAAACAAGAUGAUGAAGGCUCGUCAGUACCCCUGGGGCACAGUGCAGGUGGAGAAUGAAGCUCACUGCGACUUUGUGAAGCUGCGGGAGAUGCUGAUCCGUGUGAACAUGGAAGACCUUCGCGAACAGACCCACACACGCCACUAUGAGCUGUACCGGCGAUGUAAACUGGAAGAGAUGGGUUUCAAGGACACUGAUCCAGACAGCAAGCCUUUCAGCUUACAAGAAACUUAUGAAGCCAAAAGAAAUGAGUUUCUGGGCGAACUGCAGAAAAAGGAAGAGGCAAUGAGGCAAAUGUUUGUCCAGAGGGUCAAGGAAAAAGAAGCGGAGCUGAAGGAGGCUGAAAAAGAGCUGCACGAAAAGUUUGAUCGCCUGAAGAAGUUACAUCAGGAUGAAAAAAAGAAGCUGGAGGAUAAGAAGAAGUCUCUGGAUGAUGAAGUAAAUGCAUUUAAGCAAAGGAAGACAGCAGCUGAAUUGCUCCAGUCUCAGGCGCAGCAGGCUGGAGGAUCGCAAACUCUUAAAAGAGAUAAAGAAAGAAAAAAUUCGGGUUUCCUGUAGAACCUUUCCCUUCACACCAGAAGCGAAUGCCCCCACGUUCGGUUAACACGCAGCUAUGCCAUUGUGCCUUUGUUUGCUCACCUUUACUCAUUGCUCCCUUCCCGCGCUCACCGUUUUGUGUUAAGCAAGAGCCUGCACCCUUGGCUGCUCUGGGUUGUGGCUGCUCCCGUGAAGAACUCGGCAAUAGCCUGCGUGGAACUGGCGAGAGCUGCUCCUUGCUGAUGCCUCUUCCCCUUCGGGCAGUAGCGGGCU